GAGCCUGGUUCGCAGCUGCGCAAAAAGUAAUUCGACUCUCAAACCCGGAUGUAACCAACGCCUAACCUGUCUGGAGAAAAACGAUGCAGACUAUAAAAUGUGUAGUGGUAGGGGAUGGUGCAGUAGGAAAGACCUGCCUACUGAUUUCCUACACAACCAACAAGUUCCCCUCAGAAUAUGUGCCUACGGUUUUUGAUAAUUAUGCAGUGACGGUUAUGAUCGGGGGAGAGCCCUAUACACUUGGCCUUUUUGACACAGCAGGUCAAGAGGAUUAUGACAGGCUGCGUCCUCUCAGCUAUCCACAGACAGAUGUAUUUCUUGUAUGUUUCUCUGUUGUCUCCCCUUCAUCUUUUGAGAACGUCAAAGAGAAGUGGGUUCCUGAGAUUUCUCACCACUGCCCUCGUACACCUUUCCUAUUAGUGGGCACUCAGGUGGAUCUGCGGGAUGACAGUAACACUGUUGAGAAGCUGGCCAAGAACAAACAGCGCCCGCUGUCUCCAGAGAGCGGAGACAAGCUGGCUCGUGACCUCAGGGCUGUCAAAUAUGUGGAGUGCUCUGCCCUCACACAGAGAGGGCUGAAGAACGUGUUUGAUGAGGCCAUCCUGGCUGCCUUGGAACCUCCUGAGACCAAACCCAAGAAACGCUGCGUUUUGCUAUAGAUGAAAAGUAGGAGUGAGGGAUGAAAAGGAGGAAGAAAUAGGUGGGAUGAAUACAAAACAUGAGAUGGAUCAAUGACCAUUUAUAGAAAAAAAAAAAGGACAAAACAAUGGGGAGGGGAGAUGAAAUGGCAUUGAGACUUACUCUAAUACAUGUACACUGAUCGUGCCUUCUAAGUAUAUAUUGAGAGAGGCUGAGAGGAGCAAAACAAUUCCCCUCAUGCAGUGAAUGCAGUAGGAGAAACAUAAAUUUCCCUUUCUCCUUUUCUUCAAGCUUUUAGAGCUAGCAGUGUUUUCCUUACCAAUUCUUAGGUGGGGCGGGCCCCCCUUGCCUGUCACCAUUGCCCCCCUCUUUAAGAUACACAGACUUACAUGAUUGCCAUCAGCCUCCUUUGUGUUUUGCUUGCUGUUUGUGGCCAAUUGGGGCUUUUGAACCCAGUUUAAGGAAAUACAAAUGGGAACUUAUAUUAGUUACAUUUAACAUUAAGUUACUCAGUGGACAAUGAUUAGCUACACAUCUGAAUGGGCAACUUAAUGUUAAGUGGUACUGUAUUUGCUUUCUUUUUUUUUGACAGUUUUGAAUUGAAUUAAGAAAGCAUGGGAUUUAUUGUCACUCCAAGCCAAGGUAGCUAUUGGUAAUAGUCACUUUCUUCCAACUCCCAUUGAAUUUUGGGAAGGCCAAGUGCUUUGUCACCAAUUUCCUUUCUGCAGGUGACUUUUUGAAACAAAUUCAUCUUUUUUCUUUUUUUUGUGUGUAUAAUGUAUUAAUUCUAUGACUUUGUUAUUUUUGGGAAAAAUUUUUAGCAGUUCAUUUUGAAACUUGAGUUCUUAUUUUAUCCUUUUUUAUUGCUAGACUACCAAUUUUGAGUGAUUGAUAAUAUAACAAAUUAAGCUGUAAUAUUUUGAAUAGAUCUUCAUCUUGAUAGAAAUUGAGAUGAUAACCUUUCCUAGUAAAUUUCUGGGUGUUUGUAAUCACAGAAUGUUUGUAAUAAAAUGGUUUAACUGA